UACGUUAACGCUUUUGCCUGCCAACUCAUUUUUCCACCUUGUUAUACGUACCUAUCUGAUCCCAUCAUCAUCACCAUUACCUCAACUGCAAAUCCCUGGAAAUCAAAUAUCAUUUCAGCCUCGUUGAUUUGUGUAAGCGCCCUCGUUCUCUGCGCCUCAGACAUCAGCGGGCACCUACCGCGGCAACCUACAUCGCAUACGAAUCACCAGCCUCCACUCUGCUUGACAUCACCACAUUCCAUAUCCACACACACUCACACACGUAUACGCAGGCACAGCAGCCAUGAACCCCAGACUCGUCACCAGACAGUACUACGGAGACAACGUGUAAGCACUGCCAUCCUCGAAUGAAAUCUCUUUAUAUGCCAUUCAUUCUUCCCGGUUGCCUUUCGUCACCACCACUUUCACACCAAGACUUCUUCCUGCUAACACUUUUCCUUCGUCAUGGCCAGAUGCAUCGACAACAACGGCGUCGCAUACAGAUGUAAUUCGGCUUGGUAUGACUGGGGUAGAUGGGUUGCCCUCGCCAUCAUCAUCAUCGGCGCAUUCCUCAUCUUCUUCCUCUUCAGCUUGUGGAGCGCUCGCCGAAGACGUCGCAUGGGUAGACAACCUCUGUACGGCACAGGAUGGACAGGCCGCACCCCUUGGGGCCACGGGCCUGCUCAGUACAACCCUGGCUUCCAGCAAACACAACAAGCGCCUUAUCAAGCACAAGCACCACCUGCCUACAACCAAAACCAGAGUUACGGGGGGUACUACGGCCAAAAUCAAGGCUACUUUGGCGGGAGACAGACCGACGUUGAAAUGCAGCCACCACCAAAUACCUACAGAGGAGGAGACGAUGUCUACACUCCCCCAACGGGUCCUCCACCCGCAAAAAAGUGAUUGAGGUUGAUUCCACCUCACGGGAGUGAUUUUGUGGUAUUGCGAAAUAACAUGUUAAAGAGCUGCGAUUAAGGAAGAUGUUGUCGAGACAAUAUGAGAUGGUCUGUACAAAAGGAGGAGCUGAAGAGAGUGUACGAUAGAUUUAGGGGGCGCUGGCUAUCCUAUGCAAUCGGAACUCGAGAGGAAUGGCAACUGGAGGGGCAAGAUUCACGAAGAAUGUAGCGUUACGACAAUGGACUAAUUCAUCACUUUUUGCCGAAGCGUGCGAGACCUCUCCCCGUAUAAUGCCAUUGUCUGCUCUUACCGUGCAGCCUCGCACCGGAUCGGGUGUGCAUCCCCUGUUCGGGCGGCCAGGCUCUGACGAGCGCCGGCGUUUCAGCUGGAAUGCGCCCGCAAGAUGCAAAGCUCGGCAGGGUCAGAUCGCCCUGGAGGAGCCCGCAAUGAGCUGUCCCCGGAGUGCGGCGAUUGGCCUGUCGGCGACCCCUGCUUCGACCCAAACCCGCGACUUGUGGCCUUGUGGCCUUGUUGCUCCGCCUCCUGCGUUACUCAAUCCUCUCUCACUUGAG